AUGAAGACUAUGAUUCUACUACUUUAUCUUCUAGGAUCAACUCAGUCAUUACCGACGCAGCUCAACCCUGCUUUGGGACUUCCUCCAACAAAACCGGCUCCACAUCAGGCAACAUUACUAAACCAGCAGCAGCCAAAUCAGGUAUUCCCCUCUUUAAGUCUAAUACCACUGACACAGAUGUUCACACUGGGGUCAGAUCUGCAGCUGCUAAAUCCUGCUGCAGGGAUGGCACCUGGUACCCAGACCCUCCCACUGAACUUGGGGGGACUGAACACACAACAGCAGCUGCAACCCCAAAUGUUACCAGUUAUUGUAGCACACCUUGGAGCCCAUGGUGCUAUCCUUAGUUCAGAGGAAUUGCCGGUGGCCCCCCAAAUCUUCACAGGCCUCCUUUUUCAGCCACUGUUCCCGGGAGCCAUCCUGCCCCCCAGUCCAGCUAAUCCAGAUGCCCGGAAUGGAAUCCUUCCUGCGGGGCAAGCAGGAGUGAAUCCUGCCAUCCAGGGAACUCCAGAGGGCUUCUCCCCAACUCCCAGCGACACAGACGAUGACUUUGGUGUGACCGCCCCUGCAGGCAUCCAAAGGGGCAUGCACACCACCCAGGAAACCUCCACUGGGCCUCCAAAUGGUAAAUUCUCUGAGCCAGGAAAAUGCCUCAGGAAAGUCAUCUGCAGAGUGGAAACAGAGUUCUUUGUCUUGCCUUGA